GCUGGCGGAGGAAUGCGGGCGCGCCGCGGGUGGGGCCGCUCCGCCCCCAGGUGCUGCCCGGGCAGGCAGACAGCAGGGACGGCGGGCGGGGCGGGGGCGGGAGCGUGAAUCAGGCCGCGCGGCGGGCGGACCGCGGCAGGGAGUGGCUGCCGGACCGACCGGACCGCGAGGCCGCUGGGCGGCGGUCGGCUCCUGCUGCCCUUGUCCCGAGACCCCGCGCACCUGGCCAGGGUCUGUUCACCUUGUGCGCUCGCCCCAGAUCCUUCCCUCCGGAUGAAACCCCAGGCCUGCCCUGUGGGAAAGACUUCCGGUGGAGGCCCCUGCUCCCUGGCCCCGACAUGGCCCGUCGCUCCCAGAGCUCCUCGCAGGGGGAUAACCCCCUGGCACCCGGGUACCUGCCACCCCACUACAAAGAAUAUUACCGCCUGGCAGUGGACGCACUGGCUGAGGGCGGGCCAGAGGCCUAUAGCCGCUUCCUAGCGUCCGAGGGAGCACCUGCCUUCCUGUGCCCUGAGGAGCUGGAGCACGUGAGCCGCCACCUGCGGGCCCCGCAGCACGUUGCCCUCGAGCCCCCCGAAGGCAGCCCUCCCAACAUGGACUUCGAUGGCUCCUCGGGCACCUACUGGCCUGUGAACUCAGACCAGGCAGUGCCUGAACUCGACCUGGGCUGGCCCCUGACCUUCGGCUUCCAGGGCACUGAGGUUACCACACUGGUGCAGCCGCCGCCCCCUGACAGCCCCUGCAUCAAGGAUGAGGCUCGAAGGAUGAUCCGCUCUGCCCAGCAGGUGGUGGCCGUGGUGAUGGACAUGUUCACCGACGUGGACCUUCUCAGUGAGGUGCUGGAGGCCGCUGCGCGCCGCGUCCCGGUCUACGUCCUCCUAGAUGAGAUGAACGCACAGCACUUCCUGGACAUGGCCGACAAGUGCCACAUCAACCUGCACCACGUGGACUUCCUGCGCGUGCGCACUGUGGCGGGCCCCACCUACUACUGCCGUACUGGGAAGUCCUUCAAGGGCCACGUGAAGGAGAAGUUCCUCCUAGUGGAUUGUGCCGUGGUGAUGAGUGGGAGCUACAGCUUUAUGUGGUCCUUCGAGAAGAUCCACCGGAGCCUGGCACACGUGUUCCAGGGCGAGCUGGUCUCCAGCUUCGAUGAGGAAUUCCGCAUCCUCUUCGCACAGUCCGAGCCGCUGGUACCCUCCGCCGGGGCACUAGCCCGCAUGGACGCCUACGCCCUGGCUCCAUACGCGGGGGCUGGGCCCCUCAUGGGUGGCCACGUGACCGGGGCGUCGACCACUUUCUCCUUACCCAAACGAGCCCACCUCCUGUUCCCACCGCCUCGGGAAGAAGGCCUGGGCUUCCCCUCAUUACUCGACCCCGACCGCCACUUCCUGUCGGCCCUCCGUCGAGAGGAGUCACCGCGGAUGCCAGGGGGCGCCCUGGAGCCGCACGCGGGGCUGUGGCCACUGUCGCGGCAUCUGGACGCCGAGGCCGGACCAGGCGGGGAGCUCUUGGGCCCGCGGGGCUUCUUUCAGGCGCGGCACCCAGAGAUGGACGCCUUCAAAAGGCACAGCUACGUGGCUGCCGACGGCGCGGGAGCCGUGGAGAAUUUCGCCGCUGCGCGACAGGUGUCGCGGCAGACGUUCCUCAGCCACGGCGAUGACUUCCGCUUGCAGACCAGCCACUUCCACCGCGACCAGCUCUACCAGCAGCGCUACCAGUGGGAUCCGCAGCUUGCACCGGCGCGCCCACAGGGCCUGUUCGAGAAGCUGCGCGCCGGACGCCCUGGCUUCGCGGACCAUGACGACUUCGCGCCGGGCGCCGGGCAGCGCUUUCCGGAGCUCGGCCCGGACGGACACCAGCGGCUGGACUACGUGCCAUCCAGUGCCUCACGGGAGGUGCGCCAUGGCUCGGACCCUGCCCUCGGGCCCGGGCCCCGCGCUCUGGAACCGGCCGGGGCCCCACGCCCCAACCUGGGCCAGCGCUUCCCUUGCCAAGCGGUGACGAGGCUAGGCCCAGAGACUGUGCCCAAGCCAGAGCCCGAGCGCAGAGGCCGGCCCGAGGGGCGGGCGGGACUGCGGCACUGGCGCCUCGCCUCCUACCUGAGCGGCUGUCACGGUGAGGACGCUGGCGACGAGGGCCUGCCCGCACCCAUGGAGGCCGAGGCCUAUGAAGACGACGUGUUGGUUUCUGGGGGCCGGGUGGCCGCCGGGGACCUACUGACCUCGAGCUUCCGUGCGCCCGCGUCUUUCCCGAGCUCCGGCAGCGGUGGUGGCGACGGCCCCGAGCCCGAGGGCCUGGAGGCAGGCCUGGCCAAGCAGGACUCUUUCCGCUUGCGCCCAAACCCGUUGAUCCAGCGCAGCUCGCGGCUGCGCUCCUCGCUCAUCUUCAGCGCGUCCCAGGCGGAGGGCACGGGCGGAGCCGCUGCGGCCACCACGGAGAAGGGGCAGCUGCCGCCCAAGGAGCAGGUGGCGAGCGAGAUGCCGGCGUCCGGUGGCGAGGCCGUGCGCUCUGCUGUCUCCACCAAGGUGGCCGAGCUCCUGGAGAAAUACAAGGGCCCGACUCGAGACGCCGGCGGCGUGGGGGCAGCAGUCACGGUCGCCAGCCACAGCAAGGCUGUCCUGUCUCAGGCGUGGCGGGAGGAGGUGUCGGCCCCUGGGGGCGGUGGCAGCGAGCGCCGCAGCCUCGAAAGCUGCCUGCUAGACCUGCGCGACUCCUUCACGCAGCAGCUGCACCAGGAGGCGGAGCGGCAGCCGGGAGCCGCCGCUCUCUCCGCCACGCAGCUGCUGGACACACUGGGCGGGAGCAGCGGCGGCGCUGAGCGGCUGCCCUCCCGCCUCCCCUCCGCCCGGGGCCGCUCCGCCUCCCCGCGAGGGCGGGACAGCCCCCCACCCGAGCGGCCCGGGGCGCACCAGACGCCCCACUCUGAGCCAAAAGGGAACCCCACGUCAGCUUACCCCGAGCGGAAGGGAAGUCCCACGGCAGGGCUUCCCGGCCGCAGAGACAGGCCCACCACGGGAUUCACCGAGCAGAAGGGAAGUCCCGCUUCUGCCUGCCCUGAGCGCAGGGGGAGCCCGGGGCCCCCGGGGCCCCGGGCCCCGGGGCCCCCUGUGCCGGAGCGCAUGGGCAGCCUCACCCUCCCCUUCUCCGGGGAGUCUCCAAAGACCGGGCCCACGGAGGAGGCGCCUGGUGGCCCCAUGGAGAUCCUACGCAAGGGCUCUGCGCGGCUGCGGCAGCUGCUAAGCCCCAAGGGUGAGCGGCGCGCAGAGGAUGAGGGCAGCUUCCCGGUGCCACAGGAGAACGGGCAACCUGAGAGCCCCCGGCGGCCAUCGCCAAGCCGGGCUGACAGCACCGAGGCUGUCACAGGAGAUGAGCGGGGUCCGCAGGCGCGCGUGGCCUCGGCCACGGCCAAUGCCUUGUACAGCAGCAACCUGCGGGAUGAUACGAAAGCCAUUCUGGAGCAGAUCAGCGCCCACUGCCAGAAGCAUCGCGGAGUCCCCGCGCCGACCCUGACCCAGAGCAGCCCUGAGCUGGGCCACCCACCAGCUGCCGGCGGCCUGGCCCCUGACAUGUCCGAGAAGAACAAAUGUUCUGCCAUCAUCCUCUCAGACAGCCUGGAGACCCAAGGCCGGCUGAACCGCGCGCUGCCAGCCAGCGCGGAGGAGCGCGACCGACUGCUGCGCCGCAUGGAGAGCAUGCGCAAAGAGAAGCGCGUCUACAGCCGCUUCGAGGUCUUCUGCAAAAAGGAGGAGCCCGGGGGCCCGGGGGCCGGAGAGGGCCCGGCAGAGGACACCAGGGACAGCAAGGUGGGCAAGUUCAUGCCCAAGCUCCUGGGUACGUUCAAAAGCAAGAAGUGAGUCUCCUGGCCCACCAGCCCGGGUCGGGGUGCCGGCAUCACGGUCAGGCAGAACACCUGGUCCUCAGCCAAAGCCUUCGGAACCUGGCUGAGCACAGCCAGAGCUUGGCUCCACUUGAGGCUCACCUGGUGGUCCUCCCUGCCUCUUGCCCCUUGGUCUCUCCUCCCUAGGGGCUCCAGCCCCUAGCUGCCCCAUGCUCUACUUCCCCAGUUCCCGCUCUUCUCACACCUCAGUCUCUGGACCCUCAGCGCCACCCGCCCUUCUUCUGCAUCUGACUCCACCAUUUCUUUGGGCUUCAGGUCCCCUUUGGAUCACCUCAGGGACCCAUCUCUCUGUGCCUCAGUCCCCCAACUUUCUGGGGGCCCGCCUCUGUGCCUCAGUCCCCCAUCUUUCAGGGGGCCCUCCUCUGUGCCUCAGUCCCCCGUUCUCUGGGGUCCUUGUGUCUCAGGGUGUCUGUGUCUCAGGGGUCCCCUCUGCUCAUAGCCUUCUGGCUGUGCUGCGGCCUCUCCUCUGUGCCUGGCAGCCCCAUCCUCUCUCAAGGCCUCCCACCUUCUCAGGACCUGUCCUCCCCACCUGCAUCCUAGGUCGCCGGGUUCACUUCCUGCCCUGCCCCUCUCCACCCUCCCGGCACCUUUCCUGGCGGCCCAUCCCUUCAGCGUGGGGAGGGGGCCCCUGAGGGGCUGCCCUGUCGAGGACCGUGGCGCUGCUCCCACAGGGCGCUGGCGAGGAGCGAGCGCGCCAGGCUUUGCGGCACAGUAGUCAGGUGGGUGCUACCCUCACAAAGGUCCCUGGCAGACGCGUGUUCACAGGUGCCAUCCCCAGCCGCGCCGCAGAAAGGGGCUGGAUGUGGAGCUCUUGUUCUGUGAGGGCAGAGGACAAGGCGCAGUGGCACCUGAGCCCCAGCCCACCGCUCCGAGGGGUCUCCGUGCCCCGUGAGGUGGGAGUGGUCCUUGCCCUGCAGGUGCCCAGCAGACCCCAACUCCACCUUGUUCUGCAUUCUUUCCACCUUUGUCACCAACCCCCCAAAAAUCUGUCCAAGGUUCCCCACUUAGCUUUCUUGUAUCUUUUUUUUACCUCCGGAUAGUAGAUCUGGAAUGACACGUUUGGGCACCAAAUGCUUAGAAAGCCUCCCACAGUAGGUGCUAGUACUGUUAAAUUAGUGUUUGCGCUAUUUCUUUUUAAAUAGUUUUUUCUUUUUUUUUAAGUAUAAGGAACCCCAAUUGCUCUGGCUGGGAAAGGAUUUAAGGAACAAGACUGCUGAAUGAGGCAGCAGUUCUGACUGAGCAGCUGGAAAAGGGAGGGGAGGUGGGGUAGGGGGACACCUGCUCCCUGGCGGCUCGCAGUCCGGUUACCAAAGCCACCACCCAGGAACCACAGCAGAGACUUUGCUUCGAAUGGAAAAGGUCACUGGGGAGCCGGACAAGCUGGAGCAUUUCUGGGCCUUGACGUGCUUGUUGACGAGUUUGGUUUUACCUGGCCUGGUGCACAGCUGUUCUCAGCAGACCUGGCCGGGCCUAUCGCUGAGGGAGGCCCUCGCAGGAAGUGGAGGUUCUGCCCAGGGAGAGGCCAGAGGCCUUCAGAGCCUCCCGUCUGCAUCCUCCACAUCAUGCUCAAUAAGACAUCUCAAAUGUGAUUCUGCACAUUUUGGUGUUAAUAAUAAAACAAUGCACAAAAUAUUCCAGCAUGUUCCCAAA